AUGGUCGAGUUGGUCAACGAUCAGCGUUACGGUCUUCUUAUCGACGCACAGUUCGGCACCGCGCAACGCGCUGCGUUGGAAUCAAUUCGCUCUUGCGAAAUGAUCGUGUUGAGUGGCGGCACCGGCAAGGUAUCCAGCGACACCUUGCAACGCGUUCGCCAAGUAGCCUCCCGCGUCGGCAUGGUUGUGACUUCGCUCGAGCAAGCGACUCAGGCUGCGGAGUCAGGUGUCGACUUUCUUCUGGCCAAAGGUCUAGAGGCCGGCGGCGUUGUCGGUGAACUGACCACAUUUAUUCUGCUUCAACAGCUAACAGCGAACUCGCGUUUGCCGGUCUAUGCUUGGGGCGGGAUUGGCUUCAACACCGCAGCCGCAUGCCGCGUGGCCGGCGCCGCUGGCGUAGUGCUCGAUUGGCAGUUGGCCCUCAUGAACGAGUCGCCCCUGCCACCGCAAGUAAAGGCAGAACUCGAGGAACCCAGCCCGCCGCAAACAUUCACCCUCCCGGCUCCCGAAGGCCGCGAGUUGCGGGGUUUCUUUGCAGGCACAAACCGUGCGCACAGCGAGCUUCCGAGUUCACUUCACACGCUCAGCACCUCGAACGCGGCAGAGUGGAAGGCCGAAAUUGCCCGUCAGCUUGGCAACACGGAAGACGCCUCCCAACUAUUCUGCAUGAGCCAGGACGCGGCUCUGGCCGCCGCUUGGCAUCAAGCCGCGCCGUCGGUCGCUCGUGCACUCAAACUGCUGAACGAACGGGUAACCACGGCUAUCGACGCGUGCACCAGCACUCCGUUAGCCGAGGGCUCGCCACUAGCCGAUUCACACGGCACGAAGUUCCCCAUCGCCCAAGCGCCCAUGACGCGGAUGAGCGAUGUGCCGGCCUUCGCAUUACAAGUGGCCGAAGAAGGCGGCUUGCCGUUCCUGGCCCUGGGCCGUCGCAAGGCCGAUCAAGCCCGCGAACUUCUGCAAGAGGCAAGCAAGCUGCUCGCCGCGCGUUCCUGGGGUGUCAGCCUCCUUGGCUUGGCCAGCAGCGAAGCUCGGCCCGAGCACAUCGCGGCGGUGGAAGAAACUUGUCCUCCAUAUGCCAUCGUAGAUGCUCGACAACCUCAACUGGCCUCCUCGCUCGAAGGUAAAGGCAUUGCGACUUACUUGAAGGUCGCCUCGCCCGAGGCACUCCCGGCUUUGCUCGCGGGUGGCGCUCGCAGGUUCAUUUUUGAAGGCCUAGAGUGUGGUGGCGUGGUCGGACCGCUGUCGAGCUUCGCCCUUUGGGAACAGGCGAUCCAAAAACUCGCUGACGCCAAGCUGUCCGCAGACGAAGCCUCGCAGGUUCACGUGCUGCUUUCCGGCGGAGUUCACGAUCGCCGCAGUGCCGCCAUGGUUACGGCGCUCGCUCAGCCCCUUAUCGAACUGGGGAUGAAAGCCGGUUUCCUCCUGGGAACGCCUUACCUGUUCACCGAAGAGUUUGUCAGCACCGGAGCCAUCGUGUCGGGCUUCCAAGAAGAAGCUCUAAAUUCCGACCACACCGUCUUGCUGAAGACCGACGACGAGCACGGAAUGCGGUGCGCGGCCACCAAUUUCAUUCAAACGUUUGAAGGCGAGAAAUCGCGCCUGAAACAGGAAAACGUUUCGGCCGAGCAGAUGCACGACGAAUUGGUGCAUCUCAUGCUGGGUCGACUGCGGAUCGCUUCCAAGGGUAAGUCCCGCCGCAGUAAGCCGGCCGCUGGCGAGAGCCCCGUGGUCGACGUCGAUCGUGAGCAGCAGCGGCAAGACGGUCUCUACCCACUCGGUCAAUUAGCCAUCCUGCGUAGCGAAACCUGUUCGCUUCACGACCUACACCAAGAUGUCUGCCAAGGUGCCGCCGAACUAUUGCGAGGCCUGGAGCCGAGCACUCGAAUCACCGUGGUCGAAGAGCACCCCGCACCGCCGCCACUCGAUAUCGCCAUCAUUGGUAUGUCCUGCCUGCUGCCUGGGGCCGACAACCUCACCAGCUACUGGGACAACAUCCUGCAGAAGCGCGACCUCGUCGAUGAAGUGCCCGACGACCGCUUCGACACCUCGCGGUGGUUCGAUCGCGAUCGCGCGGCCCGCGACAAAAUCUACAGCAAAUGGGGCGGCUUCCUCGACGACGUCGAGUUCGACCCGUUGAAGUACGGCAUUCCUCCCAUGGCCCUGAAGAGCAUCGAACCGAUGCAGCUUCUGGCCCUGGAGUUGGUCGAUCGAUCGCUCCGUGAUGCCGGCUAUCGCGACAACAACCCGCACAAAGAACGAACCAGUGUCAUCCUCGGUGCCGGGGGUGGUAUCGCAGAACUAGGCGCCGGCUACGCCCUGCGUUCUGCCUUGCCAGGACUCAUCGAAGAAAUCGACGAGCGCGUGCUGGGGCAAUUGCCCGAAUGGACUGAAGACAGCUUCGCCGGCAUUCUGCUGAACGUGGUCGCCGGGCGAAUCAGCAACCGCUUUGACCUUGGCGGUGUGAACUUCACCGUCGAUGCCGCGUGUGCUUCUUCGCUAAGCGCCCUGUACUUGGCAUGCCGCGAGUUGGCCGAUUACACCAGCGACAUGGUCAUCACCGGUGGCUGCGAUACGCUGCAAAGCCCUUUCACCUACCUCUGCUUCGCGAAGGCCGGGGCCCUCUCGCCGCGUGGUCGUUCGCGCACGUUCGAUGCCACUUCCGACGGUAUCGCCAUCAGCGAGGGGUUGGCCUCGAUCGUACUCAAGCGUCGCGAAGAUGCGGAGCGCGAUGGCGAUCGCAUCUACGCCGUCAUCCGCGCCGCCGCCGGUGGUUCCGACGGCCGCAGCAAAGGCAUGGCCACGCCGCGGAUUGAAGGCCAAAUGCGCACCAUCGAACGCGCCUACGCCCAGGCUCGCUUCAGUCCCGCAACCGUAGGUCUGUUCGAAGCCCACGGCACCGGCACCUCGGUGGGCGACCAAACCGAAUGCCAAUCGCUGACGAACAUCCUCACCAAGCACGGCGCCCGUCCGCAUUCACUGGCGGUGGGCAGCGUGAAGUCGAUGAUCGGUCACACUAAGUGCACCGCCGGCAUCGCAAGUGUGAUCAAGUCGGCUUUGGCGCUCAACCAUCGGGUGCUUCCGCCCACGAUGCACGUUGACGAACCCAAUGCCAAGGCCGGUCUGGUCGAUGGCCCUCUGUAUGUAAACAGCGAAGUCCGCCCCUGGAUUCGCGGUGAGCAUCCACGUCGGGUUGGCGUCUCCUCGUUCGGUUUCGGCGGUACCAACUUCCACGCAGUGCUCGAAGAGUACCAAGGGCACGCCCUGCCGCCGGGAGAACUCACGCCGCAUCGCCAACGCGAAGCCGAACUGUUCGUCUUCUCCGGCGAUACCCCCGAGGCACUGGCCGCCAACCUCCGCGAGUUGCUCGACCCACUGCGAACCGCACUCACGGCAAACCACGCUCCGGCCCUGGCCGACCUGGCUUACACUUGGCAUCGUCGCCAACCCUCGACACAACCCCAGCAUCAAGCGACCAUCGUUUCGGCAACCCCGAACGAGCUUGCCGAUCAACUCGCCGCGCUGCUGGCCCAAUUGCAAUCCGGCUCGGGCGAACUCGAUUCGCGCCGCCUUCCCGCAGGCGUUCACUGCACAUCAAAGCCGUUGGGCAAAGACCGCCCAUUGGCGUUCUUGUUCCCAGGCCAAGGCUCGCAGUAUCCCAACAUGCUGCGUUCGCUGGCGGUCGAGUUCUCCGAAGUCUCCCGCCGGUUCGAGAUGCUCGACCGCGAGUUGGGCGAUGCCUUCGAACAACCGCUGAGCACCUAUGUGUUCCCGCCGCCAGAGUUCAGCGACGAAGAACGCAAGCAAUCGGCCGAAAACCUCAAACCAACCGAUCGCCUGCAACCAAUCCUCGGCGCCUCAGACACCGGCAUGUUGCGGCUCCUCGAAUCGUUUGGCCUGCGGCCCAACAUGGUAGCCGGCCACAGCUAUGGCGAACUUGUCGCCCUGCACGCAGCAGGGAGCAUCGACGAGUCUGCCCUCUACCGCCUGUCGUUAGCCCGCGGUCGUGCCAUCAGCGAGAUGACCGCCGGCAACCAGGGCGAUCUCGGCUCGAUGUUGGCCGUUCGCGCCGGCGAGACCGAAGUCGGUCAAGCGAUCGCCGAAUGCGACGAAGCCUGGCUGGCCAACAUGAACAGCCCCCGGCAAACCAUCAUCGCCGGCUCGCGUCGUGGAAUCGAAGACGCCGUAAAGAAACUGAACGCUGCCCGGCUGGCGUUCACCCCCAUCGCCGUCGCCUGUGGGUUCCACAGCCCGUUGAUGGACCCGGCCCGCAAGCAGUUGGAUUGCGCUCUGAAGCAACUCGAUUUCCGCCCGCCGCGAAUCGAUGUCUACAGCAACACCACGGCCAAGCCCUAUCCCAAGGGCCCAGCCGAAAUCCGCGAACAACUUUCAGAACACCUGGUUCGCCAAGUUCGCUUCGCGGCCCAAAUCGACACCAUGUACCAAGAUGGUGCACCGGUGUUCAUCGAAGUCGGCCCCGGUCGCGUGCUCAGCAAGUUGCUUCGCGAUGUACUCGGCGAUCGCCCGCACGUGGCGGUGUCCACUCAGAACAGUGCCCAGGGCGGAUUGCGUCAAUUGCUCGACGCCCUCGGCCAGUUAGUUUCUCACGGUGUGGAAGUGAAGUUCGACCGGCUGUAUCGCGGUCGUCCGCUCACCGAGUUGAAGCUCGAAAGCCUCGCCAGCGAAAACAGCAAACCUUCGCCUCACACUUGGCUCAUCAACGGCAGCUACGUCCGUCCCGCGACUGAGCCCAAGCGUUCGCAUCCAAUACGCGUCGCACUCCUCCCUGAAGGAGCGCAACCCUCGACGGCCAGCAAGGGGCAGGAUGCAGCACCACCAACCAAGCCCGCCGCCCCCGCGGCGACGCCCUCGGCACCCAGGGCGGUUCCCCAGCCGCAACCGUCGCCGGUGGUCGCAUCCAACGGAAGCCCCCCUGCACCGGAACCGAGAGCAGCCAUGGAAGCAACACCCAAGCCCGCGACACCCCAGGUAACCACCGCACCCGGCGCGUCGUCCAUCGAUGACUUCGCCCUCUCCGAAUUCCAGCAGACAAUGCGGGAGUUCCUCAGGGCACAAGAAAACGUACUCACGGCCUUCUUCGGAGGCAGUCCUCCGGCAGCCGCACAACAAAUGCCCGCCACGCCGGCCGCACUUCCCGCUGCCGCCCCGAUCGCCGCACAACCACCGGUAGCGCAAACGCCACCACCGGCGCCGGCUCCCCAGCCAGCCCCCGUACAAACCGCCGCGGCGGCGCCCGCCGAACCGGUCGAACCGGCUCCCGCAACCACGGAAGCCGCCCCUGCGGUUGCGGCACAAGUUUCAACCGAUGGAUUCCGCGACACGCUGCUGGAAGUCGUCAGCGAGCGAACCGGCUAUCCGGCAGACAUGCUGCAGUUGGAUGCCAAUCUCGAAGCCGACCUCGGCAUCGAUUCCAUCAAGCGCGUCGAGAUUAUCAGCGCAUUCCGCCGUGCGGCUUUGCCCAGCAUCGACGAACCGCCGGCGUGGUUCAUGGAACAAAUGUCCGGAGCCGGCACCCUCGAUCAAAUCCUCGGUGGCAUCACCCAACUAGCUGCCGAAAACGGAGCCACCCCCGCGGCAGCUCCAGCCGAGGCGGCACCCGCAGCGGCCCCGGCCGCUGGUCCUUCGGCCGAUGACCUCCAACGCAUGUUGGUCGAAGUCGUUAGCGAGCGCACCGGCUACCCGGCCGACAUGCUGCAGUUGGAUGCCAACCUCGAGGCCGACCUGGGCAUCGACUCCAUCAAACGGGUUGAAAUCAUCAGCGCCUUCCGGCGUUCCGCCCUGCCGAACGUCGACGAACCGCCAGCCUGGUUCAUGGAACAAAUGGCCGGAGCCAGCUCCUUGGAUCAAAUCCUCGGCGGCGUCAAUCAACUGGUCAGCGAAAGCGGCACCUCCGCUCCGGCACCAACGGCUACCCCCGCGGCAGCACCUGCUGCGGCCCCAGCCGCUGCUCCGACAGAAGACUUCAAGCGGAUGCUGGUCGAUGUGGUCAGCGAACGCACCGGCUAUCCGGCCGACAUGCUGCAGUUGGAUGCCAACCUCGAGGCAGAUCUGGGCAUCGACUCUAUCAAACGCGUCGAGAUCAUCAGCGCAUUCCGCCGUGCCGCACUGCCCAGCGUCGACGAACCGCCCGCUUGGUUCAUGGAACAAAUGUCCGGAGCAGGAACACUCGACCAAAUCCUCGGCGGCAUCACCCAGUUGGCCGCAGAGAAUGGCGGUACCCCCGCCGCCGCACCAGCAGAAGCGUCAUCCGCGGCAGCUCCCGCCGCGGGCGCCUCGACCGAAGACCUCCAGCGUAUGUUGGUCGACGUCGUCAGCGAACGCACCGGCUACCCGGCCGACAUGCUGCAGUUGGAUGCCAACCUCGAAGCCGACCUGGGCAUCGACUCCAUCAAACGCGUUGAAAUCAUCGGUGCCUUCCGCCGCUCGGCAUUGCCUUCGAUGGACGAGCCGCCGGCAUGGUUCAUGGAACAAAUGUCUGGAGCCGGCACCCUCGAGCAAAUCCUCAAAGGCGUCGAAGAACUAACCGCCGCCGAAGCACCACAGGCGGCCGAGGCCCCGACCUCAUCCACCGAUGCGGCCGCACCCGCCGCCGCCCCAAGUGCUUCGCAAGAUCUGCAUCAACUGCUGGUCGAUGUCGUCAGCGAACGCACCGGCUACCCCGGCGACAUGCUCGAUCUUGAUGCAAACCUGGAAGCCGACCUGGGGAUCGACUCGAUCAAACGCGUCGAAAUCAUCGGAGCCUUCCGCCGUGCCGCUGUGCAAUCGGAAGAGGAACCGCCGGCUUGGUUCAUGGAACAGAUGUCCGAAGCUGCGAGCAUGCGAAACAUCCUCGACGGUGUUCAGCGACUCACCGCCCCCUCGGCCGAAUCAACCGCUGCACAACCGGUUCCCUCAACCAAUGGAAACAGCAACGGCUCCGCACACACCAACGGCAAUGGUCACGCGGCCCCGGCAGCCGUCGCCCAGACGGAUCAAAGCUGCCCUCGCUGUGUGAUCGCUACCGCCGAAGCCCCGGCCGAUGCCUACCAGAAGCUGUCGCUCUCGCCCGGCGUGCACGUGCUCACCGACGACGGGCACGGCAUCGCCCAGGCCUUGGCAACUCAAAUAGAAACCCACGGCAACCGCACAUGCAUCCUCCCGGCCGAAGCGCUGAGUAGUCGCGAGGCCGCCGAAGAGGCCAUCACCGAGGUCCGCCGCGAGUACGGCACGGUCGGUGCCAUCCUGCACCUACUCCCCCUUCGCGCGGCUCCCGCGUUCCCGGAAGUCGACGACACCACCUGGAACGAGCAUGCGGCCACCGAAGUGCGAGGGCUGAUGUUCCUCAUGCAGGCCAUCGCCCGCGAGCUGUCGGCGGCCUCCAGCGGCGACGUGCUCAUUGCCUCCGUCACGCUGGGUGGUGGCGACUUCGAUAGCGGAUCGGAUGCCGAUGCGGUCCAUCCCUGGCGUGGUGGCCUGGCCGGCAUGAUGAAAACUGCCGCCAAAGAAUGGGAAGGUGCCCGCUUCCGAAACGUCGAUUUCGCCGAACUGCCCACCGCCGAGUUCCUCCUUGAAGAACUGAUGGUUUCCGGCCCCGUCGAAGUCGGCUACCGCGAUAACAGCCGCCUAACUAAGGUUCCGGUGCGGCAAGAACUACCCAGCGGCGUUCCCCAAACCCCGGCCGUUCAGCUCGAUCGCAACAGCGUGGUGUUGGUCACCGGUGGCGCCCGCGGCAUCACAGCUCAGGUUGCCUGCCGCCUGGCCCAAGAAACUCAAGCCCGUUUCAUCCUGCUGGGUCGCAGUGCCGUUCCCUCGGCCGAGUCGUGUGCCUGGGCACGCGGCAUUUCCGACCCGAUGGCGUUGCGAACCCAACUCAUCAAUCGCAUGCGAGAGUCGGGCGAGAAAUUCACGCCUCGCGAUGUCGAGUCGCAACUCUCACGGCUAAUGGCCAACUGCGAGAUCCUGGACAACCUGCAAACCAUCGAACAAGCCGGCUCGCAGGUCGAAUACCUCUCGUGCGACCUCCGCGACGAAAUCGCCCUGACCAGUGUGGUUCGCGAUCUCCAAUCGCGAUUCGAUCGCAUCGACGCCGUCAUCCACGGUGCGGGGGUGAUCGAAGACCGCUACAUCGUCGACAAGACUCCUGAAUCGUACGAUCGUGUGGUCGGCACCAAGCUCGACGGUCUGCUCACUCUCUUGCGAUUAGUCGACCCGAGCCAACUCCGCAUGCUGGCCCUGUUCUCCUCCGUCUCAGGGUUCUUCGGCAACCCCGGUCAGGUCGAUUACGCCACGGCCAACGAAAUGCUCAACCGCAUCGCCGUGCGAUUGAAGAACCUGUGGCCCGGCAAGGUGGUCGCCCUCAAUUGGGGUCCCUGGCAAGGGGCCGGCAUGGUCACUCCCGAAGUGGCCCGCCAAUUCGAAACACGCGGCGUGCCUAUGAUCAGUGUGCCCGCCGGUUCCGAAGCGGUGCUACAAGAGUUCCGUCAUCCAUCGCAAGCCGCCUGUGCCCUCUACGGUGGCGGUCCUUGGAUCGAUGAGGCCGAUGCACGAGCCACCGAGUCGGUUGCCUUCAGCGUCGACACUCCGCUGCUAACCGGCCAACAGGUCACCCGCACUUCAGACGGCGUGGUCGAAGCCCACGUGGUGCUCGAUCCCAGUCGGCAUCGCUACCUGGCCGAUCAUCAAAUCGACGACAAGCCCGUCCUCCCGGCGGCGUUCGUCAUGGAACUGAUGGUUGAAACCGCCCAGGCCGCGGCCCCGCAGUCGUGGCACGUCACCAAGGUCGAGAACUUCCGUUCGUUCUCCGGCAUCAUCAUUGAAACAGCCAAACGCACAGUCGGUCUGCGAGCCGAACAAGUCGCCGGCGACAACGACACGGCCCAAUUCCGCGUCCGGCUGUUCGAUCCUCAAGUGCCGGCCCGCAUGCUGUACGAAGGCACCAUCCACCUGGCCCGCAUCGCCCCCGAGCUACCCGAUGCACCCGAGUUGGGCAAAAUCACCGAUGCCUUCCCGCUGGAUAGUGUGGACGAAGCCUACUACCGCUGGCUGUUCCACGGUCCCACGCUGCAGGCCAUCACCGAGUUCCAUGGGCUAGACAACUCCGGCGUCGAUGCCGUCUUCAACCCGGGCAGCGCUCGCGAGUGCGUGGGUCCGCAUGCCGAUGGCGAUUGGCUCAUCGACCCCGUGGUGCUCGAUGCCGCACCUCAAUUAGGAAUGAUCUGGUCGCGGGCCGUGUUCGACACUAGCCCGUUGCCAAACCGCGUGGCCGCUUAUCAUCGCUUUGCCCCCGUGGGCGACGAGCCGUUGGUGUGCCUGUUCCGCGUCGAUCCCGAAUCGAACGAGAACUGGUACAAGGCCGACGUCUGGUUGCUCCGCAACGGCAAAGUCAUCGGGCUAAUGCAGGGGCUGGAAGGACCACGUCGCUCCGGCGAUGCUGGUCCUCUGGACGAUAUUGCCAUCGUGGGCAUGUCGUGCUUCGUACCCGGGGCCGACAAGCUCUCGCGGUACUGGCAUAACAUCGUCAACAAGGUCGAUUGCGUCGGCGAACCCUCGUCCGACUGGCAAAGCGAACUCUUCGGCGACGAAAUCUAUGUCCGCCGCGGUGGUUUUCUCGGCGACUUAAGCCGCUUCAGUCCCAUCCGCUACGGCAUCGUCCCCUCCAGCGUCGAAGGCGGCGAGCCCGAUCAGUUUCUGGCAUUCCGCUGUGCACUCGAAGCGCUCGACGAUGCCGGCGUGCCCGACAUCCCGUUGAAUCGCGAGAAGACCGGCGUCAUCCUCGGCCGCGGGAUCUUCAUCAACCGUGGCUUGGUCACCAUGAUCUCGCAAGGCUACAUGAUCGACCAAUUCAUCGGCGUGCUGCGCCAGGUCGAGCCCGAGCGCGAUGAAGAAGAGCUGAAGUUCAUCCGCAGCGAACUCAGCCGUACGAUUCCGCCUUUCAGCGCCGAGACCGUGCCAGGGCUCACCCACAACAUUCUGGCAGGUCGGGUCGCCAACAAGUUGGACCUGAACGGACCCGCCUACACCGUCGACGCGGCCUGUGCUUCCACACUGCUGGCCGUCGACCACGCCCUCAACGCCCUGCGCACCCGCGAGUGCGAUGCGGUCCUUGCUGGCGGAGUGCAAGUCACCACGCCCGGCAUGGUGCAUCAGGCCUUCUGUUACCUGGAAGCCCUCAGCCGCCAGGGCAAGAUCGCUCCCUUCUCGGCCGAAGCCACCGGCACCCUGCUGGGCGAAGGCUGUGGUGUGGUUGUGCUCAAGCGACGUGAAGACGCCGAGCGCGACGGCAAUCGCAUCUACGCCUGCAUCAAGGGCAUCGGCAUGUCCUCCGACGGCCGCGGCUCGGGGCUCCUCGCCCCCAGGCAAGAAGGUCAACAACUCUCGCUCCACAGGGCAUACGAAUCGGCCCAGGUCGAUCCUGGCACGGUCAGCCUCAUCGAGGCCCACGGCACCGGCAUUCCCUUGGGCGACGCCACUGAGAUCAAAACCCUCACCAGUUGCUUCCCGGCCCGCGAUGCAGCCAAGCCCACCGUCGCGGUCGGCAGUGUGAAGUCGCAGAUCGCGCACCUCAUUCCCGCCUCGGCCGCAGCCAGCUUGAUCAAGACGGCACUCGCCCUCUACCACCGGGUGCUGCCUCCGAUGCUGCAUGCCGAAACGGCCAACCCCAAGCUCGAACUCGACAAGACACCGUUCUACCUUUCGACCACCCCGCGCCCCUGGGUGCACGGCCGACGCGACGUCCCUCGACGAGCCGGCGUAAACGCCUUCGGCUUCGGCGGCAUCAACGCCCACGCCAUCCUCGAAGAACACACCGGCGUCGACGAAAAGACCCUGCCUCGGCUCGAAACCGACUGGCCGGUCGAACUCGUCGUCGUCUCGGCCGAAGAUCGCGACGCGCUGGUGCAAACCGUCCAGCAAAUGGUCGCCUGGCUGGACAAAGCCGAAGAUGUUUCGCUGCUCGACAUUGCCGCAUCCGCCGCCCAGCAACCAGGGAAAACAUGUCUGGCGAUCGUGGCCAACGACGUGGCCGACUUGCGUAAGAAGCUCGAUAGCGCAGCCCAACGCCUGGCCGAACCCGAACGAGACAAAAUCCAAGACCGCGGCGGAGUGUUCUGGUACGCCGAGCCCCUGGCCGCAGAAGGCCGUGUGGCGUUCAUGUUCCCCGGCGAGGGUGCUCAAUACGCCAACAUGCUUUCGGACCUGUGCCGCCACUUCCCCGAAGUGCGUCGCGAGUUCGACCUCACCGACGAGGCUUUCGCCAGGGCCGAAUUCCCACAACCGCUCAGCAGGCUCAUCUUCCCCCUGCCCGACGAAACCGAAAGGGCCGAAGAAGAACUCCGCGAACUCGGCGGCGCGGUCACUUCCGUCACGCUCGCCGAACGAGCUUUGAUGGCCCUGCUGCGAACACUCGAGAUCGAACCACAAUCGAUCGUGGGCCACAGUAGCGGCGAGUUCGGCGCGCUAAUGGCCGCCGGCUCGAUCGCCCCCGAAGGCGAAGAGGGCCUGAUCGCCGCCACCGCCGAAGGGGCUCGCAACGCCGUGAAACUUUCCGAGUCGGGCCUGGUCCCCGCCGCCGUACUCACGGCCGUAGGCGGAGCCGACCGCGAAGUAGUCGAUCAGGUGGUCGCAGACUCCGACGGCAAGCUCAUCAUGGCCAUGGAAAACUGCCCCAGCCAACUGGUGCUCAUCGGUGAUGAAGAAGCCACGGCCAAAGCCCUCGAAGGCCUGCACGGCAAGGGUGGCCUCUGCGAACGUCUACCCUGGGGUCGCGCCUAUCACACCCCCGCGUUCGAACCGGCCUGUGCGAUCAUCAAAGAGUACUUCGACUCCGUCGGCAUCCAGAGCCCCAAGAUCGAGCUCUGGUCGUGUGCCACCGUCGAUCGCUUCCCCAGCGAUCCGGAGAAGGUCAAAGAACUCGCACUACUCCAAUGGCGUUCCUCGGUUCGCUUCCGCGAAACGGUCGAGGCCAUGUACAACUCCGGCGUUCGGGUUUUCGUCGAAGUUGGCCCCCGCGGCAACCUGGCCGCCUUCGUGGGAGACACACUCGGCAAGCAGCCGCAUCUCUCGGUACCGCUCGAUGUCCCACGCCGCGGCGGAAUCUGGCAACUCUGUCGCGCGCUAGGCAUGCUUUCGGCCCACGGCGUAUCGAUGAACCUGCAGGCCCUCUACGCCCGACGUCAGCCUAAGCUGUACGACUUCACGGCCGAGCCUCCCAAGGCCGAAGCCCCCGCACCCCUGCUACGGCUCGACCUCCCGGUGCUCAAGCUCUCAGAAGAGGCCCUCGCCAAGCUCAAACCCAAGCCCGCUCAACCUGCGCCGGCCACCCCAACGCCAAAACCAAGGGCGAUGCGCAAGCCGCCAGUCACGCCCGAGCCUUCGCAGAAGCCAGAACAACCCGUUUCGUCCAAACCCGCACAUCCGGCGGCCACCCCGGUUCCAGAACCGGCACCGGCCGCCCAACCGCCAGCUCCUGCGGCUCCGGUCGCCAACGCCCCGGCGGCAACCCCGCAGCAGCAAGAAGCCCGCGUUCGAGCCUUGGCCGACUAUCAACAAACCAUGCGUCAAUUCAUCGCCAUGCAACAACGGGUGAUGAUGUCGCGUCUGCAUAACGAACCGGCCCAACCCAGCCCUCCGCCUGCGAACGAUCCACCGUCUCAACCGGCUCCAACAAGUACGCAAAGCCAACCCGCUCCCACGAGCUGGGCGAACCAAAAGCAACCGAGCGCACCUCAGCAGGCGGCCCCCAGCAGCAGUUCCACGGCAGUGAGUACCAAGCCGAGCGAGCCGCAACCUUUCACGUCCGCGCAAAGCUCCACCCCGAAAGCAGCACCCUCGGGCGUUUCGGAACUCACCUCGCCCAUCAACUCCGGCACCGCCACCGCUACGAUGGAGGCCCCAGCUAAGAGCCCCGCAGGCACGGCCUCACUCGAACAAACCUUGCUCGAUAUCGUCAGCCAACGAACCGGAUACCCGGCCGACAUGCUCGACCUGGAUGCCAAUCUCGAGGCCGACCUCGGUAUCGACUCCAUCAAACGGGUCGAAGUCAUCGGCGCGUUCCGUCGAGCGGUCGCCCCCGAGGUGACCGAAGUGCCGAUGGAAGCGAUGGAAACGCUCACCCAAUCGGCCACACUCCGAUCGGUGAUGGACGGCGUCGCCGAACUCAUCGGCGGAAAGCCCGAAGCAACCAACGGGCAUCUCGAUUCCUCGCAAUCGUCCAUCGCGACCGAAACCCCGCAAGAGCCUGAGCCCACCGAAGACACCUCCGCCUACGCGUUCCUUGAUUCGAUCAUCGAGCACGAACCGAACACCCGGCUCGUCGCCGAAUGCGAACUCGAUGUCGACCGGCACCGCUUCCUGCAAGAUCACACCUUCCUGGGGCGAGGCCUCUCGACGAUCGACUCCACCCAUCAAACUCUGCCCGUCAUGCCGAUGGCAAUGUCGCUGGAGCUGAUGGCCGAAGCGGCCGCCAUGCUCUAUCCCGAGCUGCAGGUAGUCGGCCUGGAGAACGUCACCACCCAACGGUGGCUGGCCAUGGAAACGCCCACCCGACGGGUGCGGAUCGAAGCCACCGCCGUGGACGAAACCCACGUCGAAGUCAAAGUCACCGAGGCCGAUCGCAACGGCGGCAGCCCCGCCGUGGUCACCGCCGGCACCAUCGUGCUGCAAGACAAAGAGCCCCCGCUGGGGCCGGCCAUCAUUCCAGAUGCCGCCAAAGAGCCCGCCCCCUGGGCCGAGCACUUGUACGACUGGAUUCUGUUCCACGGUCCCGCGUUUCAAGGCAUUCGCGACAUGCAAGCCUGCGACGCCGACGCCGUGAGGGCCAUCGUUCGCGAACCCGAUGCGAAGCUGCUGUUCGCCAGCGAUGACCACCCACCGCUCAUCCUUCCUGCGGCCCUCAUCGACGUGGCCUCGCAGGUGCCCGGGAUGAUCUACGGCAACUGGGACCCGGCCGAACCCGAAGUUCACAUGGUGUUCCCCAAUCGGUUCACCAAACUGCAGUUCACCAACGAUCGCCCCAAGCACAAAGACCUGCAGGCCGUAGCCCGCAUGAGUCGCGACGGGACGUAUCUGCACUCCGACCUGGAACUCAAAGACAAAGACGGUCGCGUGGUGCUACGAAUGGAAGGACGCGUGUGUCAGGUGGUCGAUUUCCCCACCGGACUGCACCACUACUCCAAAGCCCCCACCAAAGUGACCUGCUGCGAAGACAUUAGCCACCUCUUCAGCGAUCUUCCGCUGAAGAAACCGCUGGCGGUUGCCGAAACCGGUUCGGCCGGCGGCCCCGUGUUGCUCAACCGCCUGUGGUCUCAAGUGGUCACGCGGAUGAUUCUCUCGCAGUUCGAACGCGCGGCACUGUCGCGGCUCAAGCUAUCUCCCGCGGCCCUGGCCUACUGGCUCGCCGGCCGCAUCGCCGUGAAAGACGCCAUGCGGUUGUUCUUGAACGACGAACUCUGCAUGGCCGACGUCGAAAUCGAAGUCGACGCUCGCGGCAAGCCCUGUGCCCGGAUCGAUGCCGAAGCCGGCCCCUCAGUGAGUAUCGCCCAUAAAGAAUUCAAAGCCGUGGCCGUGGCAGCCGACAGCAAAGCCUACGACAGUGUGGGUAUCGAUAUCGAGAUUUUCGGCCCCAUGGAUCCAGGCCUCAAAGAAGACGCCUUCACCAGCGACGAACUAGCCCUGUUAGAACGGGCCGCCGAAGAGACAGACGAACCGCUCGACCAUUGGUGCCUCUCGGCAUGGUCGGCCGAAGAAGCCCUUGGUAAAGCCCUGGGGCGCGGCGUGCUAGGCGGACCUCGUAGCGUCGAAAUCAUGGCCAUCGACACCAACACCGGCAAGAUAUCAAUGGCCCUGCGUGGCCCGAUGGCCAAAGCGUUCCCCCCCCUGGCCGAACACAACGGCCAGCAACCCCUAAUCGAAGCCUACCGCCGUGUUCAUGGCGUUAUGCCGAACCUCGGCGAACAGCUCAAAAGCGGUGCCCGUAGCGACCUCGGUUCCACGCCCCUGCCGCUCACCCCGUUGGCCUGGACCACGUUGGCCACCGGUCGCGGUGCCGGCUAUCACGGCAUCUCCGAUUGGAUUCGCUGCCAGGUCGGCGAAAAAGGCACCUUCAUCCAUCUCUUCAACUCACGCGAUAACCACUGCGAAACCAUCUGGAAGCGCGUCUCCGAUUCCGGCAAACGGGUCACCGUGCUCAACUACUUCGGUCUCGCUCCGCCCGAGCCCAUCAACGGGCACACCAUGCCGGGCUUCACCUCGGGCCGGCAUUUGCGGCGUUCCAGCUAUCCCUCCGACUUGUUCAAACAACUCGAAUCGGUCGAAGGCUUCGACGUCAAAGUCCUCGGAAUGGAUUUCGACGUCGAAACCCAGGGCCUGCAGGAGAUGGAACACGACGCCUGGUUCGAUUGGAUCCGCCACCAGAUCGAACGCGACACGGUCUGGCUGCAUGUGCUCGAGCACCUGAUGGCCACCGAGCCGAGCGACCUCACGGCGAUCGUCCUCGACGGCGUCGAUAAGCUUCAACACCUGGCCUACCGCUUCCUCGAUCCGGCCCUGAUUCCCGCAGAACCGACCGAGUGGGAACAAAAAGUGAUCGAGCUGUGCCACGAUUACUUCCGCAUGGUCGACGAAUCGCUCGGCCGCAUCCGCAAGCUCGUCGGCUCGUGGGGCCGUCUGUUCGUGGUCUCCGAUCACGGUUUCACCGGCACCCAGGAAAUCGUCUACAUCAAUCGCUGGCUGCACGACGAGGGGCUCCUCACCUGGCGUGGCGAAGUCCCGGAAGAUCAGGCCGAAGCCUGCCAGACCGAUCGCCCGGCGCAAGACGCCAACCUGGUCGAUCUCUCGGCCAGCAAGGCGUUCGCCCUCACGCCCAGCAGCAACGGCAUCCACAUCAACGUGCCCGAGAGCGAAUACGAGGCCUUCCGCGACGACCUCAUCGCCCGCCUGCAAAAACUAACCGGCCCCGACGGUGGUCAGGUCAUCACCGAAGUGAAGCGCCGCGACCAAUGGUUCCCCGGGCCCUUCAUGGAACAAUUCCCCGACCUCACACUCACGCUUCGCGAUCAUGGCUUCAUCUCGGUCCUCAACGGUCGCGCGGCUGUCGUCCCGCGUUCGGUUCCCAACGGCACCCAUCACCCCAAUGGCAUCCUCGUAGCCAGCGGGCCGGGCAUCAAAGCCGGUCAGUCGGUCGAGUCGUGCAACCUGCUCGAUAUCGCCCCGUUGCUCACGCACAGCCUCGGUAUGGAAAUCCCGGCCGACUACGAAGGUCAUGUGCCCACCGACUUGUACGAAGCCGACUAUCUCGCCAGCGACCCACCCCGCGUGGCAGCCGCUGCCGCAGGCACCGCGCCCGUUGAGUCCGAAGCAGUCCCCGCGGCCGCCGACGAUGGUGGCGACUUGGACGAAGAAGACGAGGCCAUCAUCCUGGCCCGACUGAACACCGGCCACUUUCGUCGCAUCGCGGCGAACGGCUUCGGCGAUGCGCACAACUCGUACGCCUAUGGCUACGCGUGGUUCAAAGACCAUCUCUUUGUCGGCACCAAUCGCGACAUCCUGGUGCUCACUCGCAAGCGGUUCAAAUUCGAAGUGCCCAUGGCCGUCUGGCCGGUCGAAGUUCCUGAAGAAGUGACCGACCUGGACCUCAGCGGGCAAAUCUGGCGAUACAACCCUCGCACCGAUCAGUGGAAGCGAGUCUACCGCUCGCCUAUGGUGCCGGGCCUGUCAGACUUUCACGUCCCCCUGGGCUCCGGCUUUCGCAAUAUGGCCGUGUUUCAAGCCCGCGGCGAAAGCGAACCCUCGCUCUACACCAUCCCCAGUUGCGGCUCCUAUGGCGUCGGGCUCGUCAUGCUCCGCACCCGAGACGGGGAGGAUUUCGAACAAAUCACCGAGCAGGGCAUGGGCCUCGACGAUCGCAACAUCACCAGCGUGCGGUCGAUGGUUGUCUUCAAAGACAAGCUCUACAUGACCCCCGCCGGCUCACGCGGUUUCGACCCGAACGUUUCCUAUCACGCUCGCAUCCUCUGCACUGACGACCCCGCCUCGGGCAAUUGGGUCGGCGUGAACGAAAGCUCGUUCGGCGAUCCGACCAACUAUGGCGUUUACGACAUGUGCGUCUGCGGCGACUAUCUCUACGCCGGCACAAUGAACAUUCGCGGCGGAUGCCAACUCUGGAAGACCGACGGCGAAGGCCCCCCGCCCUACCGCUGGACCAAGGUGUUCGACCAAGGCGCCGAUCGCGGGCUUUACAACCAAGGCGUCGUCUCCGUUGCCCCCUUCGGCGAAAACGUCUACCUCGGCACCGGCAUUCAGAACGGUGGCCACGAUCGCGUGAACAACAUCGGCCCCGACGCCGGCGAGGUCAUCCGCGUCUACCCCGACGACACGUGGGAUCUCGUGGUCGGCCAGCCCCGCAUGACACGCUACGGGUUGAAGUCGCCCACCAGCGGGCUCGGCCCCGGGUUCGAUAAUCGCUUCGCCGGCUACAUCUGGCGAAUGGCCCAACACGAUGGCGCCUUCUACGUCGGCACCUUCGACUCGACCGCGAUGCUCCCCUUUGCGAACCUCGAUAAAGACGCCAAACAAAUCUUCGACCCGGCCACCAUGGAGCAGUUCCUCACGCACCGUGGCGGUUGCGAGUUGUGGCGAACCGUCGACGGCAACGAUUGGGGCCCCGUCACCCGAAACGGGUUUGGCAAUCCCUGCAACUGGGGCAUCCGCACCAUUGGGCCCGACGGGUGGCGUUACGAGUACAACCCCGGCGGUGGUGUCGAAGUGUGGCACGGAGCCAUCGAAAACGCGGGGCCCCAACGGCCGCUCGACGACCGUCUUCCGCUGUCCGUCAUCCCCGGAGGUGGAGAAGACGGUGCCGGCGUCCAAGGCGAUUCGGUUCUAGCCAUGCCCGAGUUAGACGCCGUCGGUGGCUCGGCCAUCGACAUGGCCCUGCCCAACACCGAUAACCUGCUGGCUUCGCUGUGCAAAGACACCUUCGGCGGCGAAGUACCCACCAAGCCCGAGCAUUCAAUCUCCACCUGGGAGCAUCGCCCCCGCGACACCUCCCGGCUCGAUCCACUUUACGCCCUGGCGAAUGCCGACCCGCAUCUCUCCAGCACCGAUCGCGAACUGGCCCGCGACAUUGCCGAGUAUUUCCGCGGCACCAAGAUGCGCACGGCCGGCUUCUGGCGCAAAGACUCGACCACUCCGGCCGAAGCCUGCCAGAUGCUCGUCCGCGAGCUAAUUCAUCUGCUGCCUGAAGAACAACGCCAGCGCGACGCGGCAGUCCUCGUCGUCGGUCGCGGUUCGGCCGACAUCGCCGCCGAAAUCACGACCUAUUGCCCAACGUUCAACACCACCACGCUGCCCGACUUUGUGGCGUCCUCCGGCAUAACCAAAAAAAUGUCUAAGAAGGGCCGAGGUCGCAAGAAUACCGCCAGCCCCAACGGAAAGGGCCCUGCCCACACCCGCUUCGACGUGAUACUCUGGCUCGAAGGUCCACUGGCCGCUGAGCGAGGUCGGGCGUUACGCAAAAUGACCGCCCUGCUCGCCCCCGGCGGAUACUUCAUGGCAGCCGACUUGAUCGACUCCCCGGCUCAAAUCACCGCCGACCCGGCCUCCUAUGGCCGUCAAGAGUUGAUCGAUGGUUACGCCAAACAACUGGAAUCGGCCGGGCUCACCGACGUCGAGGCGUUCGACAUCACCCGGCUCGGCUGGAACCGGUUUUGCAAACACAGCCGGCUAUAUCUAGCCGCCCGAUUCCUACACCACCAAAUCGAUGCCGACCGCUUCCGCGACAUUGCCGAGGCACUCCCCGGCGGUUCGCUCACGGUUGCCGCACACGUAUUGGUUCGAGCGCGACGCCGCGCGGCAGCCAAGACACGCGAGGAAACCUUGCAAACUCAAUCCAUUCAAAAAGACCUGGCAGACAUCCUGGAAGACCUCACCGCCGACUGGGACACCUCGCACGACGAGGCCAUCGGCCCCGACACAAAGCUCAUCGGCGAUCUUCACUUCGAAUCGAUCGACGUCGUGCAGCUCAUCACUGCCAUCGAAGAGCACUUCGGCCGCCGCGAUCUUCCGUUCGAAGAGUUGUUGAUGAAAGACGGGCAAUACGUCGACGAGGUCACCGUCGGCGACCUGCCGAACCUGGCCAAGAUCAUGGCCCAAGGUGUUCGAGCCGAACUCCUCUCAACACCGCACCCGCUUACACCCCCUGCCUGGACAACCCUGAUGACCGGCCGCCUGCCCGGCAGUCAUGGCAUUUUCGACUUCCUGCGUUCCGAAAUCCGCCCCGGCGGAGCGUUCUUCACCCUCAACGACUUCCGCGAUAUCCGCUGCGAAACCAUCUGGUCCAUCGUCAGCCGCGCCGGCGGAAAGGUGAUCUCGCUGAACUUCCCGCUCAUGGCCCCUCCGCCCAAGCUCAACGGUUCGAUUGUGCCGGGUCUCCUCUCGUGGCGCCACCUGCGGCGAAACAUUCAUCCACCAGAGCUGUAUGACGAACUCAAGUCACUGCCGGGCUUCAGUGCCAACGAAAUCUCCUGGGAUUUCGAGCACGAAAAGAAAGCCAUGCAGAUCAUCGAAGACGAAGAACUCGAAUCGUGGGUCCGCUUCCACGUGAUUCGCGAGAAGCACUGGUUCGAUAUCACCCGUCACCUCAUGCAGAACCACCCAGCCGAUCUCACCGCCGUGAUGUUCGACGGGGUCGACAAGCUGCAACACAGUUGUUGGCGAUUCCUCGACGAGUCGUAUCUCUCCGACCCGCCGACCGAGUUCGAACAAACCAUGCGCGAGCUGUGCCUGACGUACUUCCGCGAGAUGGACACGUUCAUCGGCGACCUGGUCGACGCGGCCGGUGACAACACCCGCGUGUUCCUCGCCUCCGAUCACGGCUUCGGCCCCACCGAAACGGUGUUCCGCAUCAACAAGUGGCUCGAAAGCCUGGGCCACCUCAAAUGGCAAGCGGCCGACGAUGCCAAACCCAAGGCCGGCCACUUCGUCGCGCUCGAUUGGGAUCACACCGUGGCCUACGCCCCCAGCGGUGCCACAAACGGCAUUCACAUUCGCGUGGCCACCGAGCCCGGCGAAGUCGGUGUUCCGGCCGAAGAGUACGAGACUUUCCGCGAACGGAUGAGCCGUCAACUACUGGAAGUCAAACACCCCGAGACCGGCGAACCACUGGUGAAGCAAGUGCUCACCUUCGAAGAGGCCUACCCCGGCUCCGAACGCGGUCAGGCCCCCGAUCUCACGCUGGUGCUGUUCGAUCACGGUUUCUUCUCCGUGCUCGAUGCCGAGCCCAUGAUCUGGCAACGCCCGGAGUGCGCCGGCACACACGCUCCCGAGGGGAUCUUCGCCGCCUGUGGUCCCGGCAUUCCGCAAGGCAAAGAGCUGCCACAACAAACGAUCCUCGACGUGGCCGCCACGCUGCUGCAUAGCCUGGGACUACCCAUUCCAGAAGACUUUGAAAGCAGCGUGAUGACCGACGUCUUCGAACCGGAGUUCCUCAAACAGCAUCCUGUCCAAUCCGGCCCUGCCACCGUCGCCCCCGGAGACGCAGCAAGUGCCGCGGACGACGCCAGCGAAGAAGAACAGGCCGACAGCGAAGAGAAAAUCCUCGAACGCCUCCGAGCCCUCGGUUACGUCUUGCCUGAAAACCCGGACAAGGCCGCCGGCGACGUGGUGCUCGUGCAUGGGCUGGCCGCCAACCAGGCCUUUUGGAAUCUCGAACUCGUCGGCACCCUCGCCCAACAAUACCGCGUCACCUCGUUCGACCUGCGGGGCCACGGCUACAGCGAGCGGCCCCCCUCGGGCUACUCGCCCCAAGAAAUGGCGACCGACCUGCAGGCACUCCUCGACCAUCUCAAUAUCGAUUCGGCCCAUCUUGUCGGUCACAGCUACGGGGGUCUCAUCGCAUUGCGGCUCUCGAUCGAAGCCACGCCACGAGUCCACUCCCUCACGCUGGCCGACACACGAUUGCGCGGAAUCGCUCCCGAGCAGAUCUUGCCCACUCAGGAAGAUUGGCCCGAACUUCAAACCCGGCUGGCCCGCUGCGGAGCCCCGCUCGACGAGAACGAACCCGAAAUCGGCAUGCAGCUUCUCGACGCCAUCUCCCAACCCCGCUGGGCCGCCGCGCGGCAGCGCGUGGCCGCAACCGGCGUGUUCGUCCCCUUCGCCGCACAUUCGGGCGGAGGAAACCGCUCGGCCAACCGCUGGCGGAAGUUGCUCGACGAGACCACCGCGCGAGAAGAUUUCCUCAGCGACGGCGGCAUCACCCCCGCACAGGUCGCCGGGUUGCCCAUGCCAGUGCUGCUGGCAUUCGGUGAGCGAUCCCCGCACAUGGCCAGUUGUCGGCGGUUUGGAGAGCUUGCCCCCCACAGUCGCACGGUGGUGGUCUCCGGUGGUGGACACUUCCACCCCGCCAGCCGCGCGGCCGCAUUUGCCGGGCAUCUGGGGGAGUUCCUUGGACAAAUCGAUCGCUCAGUCGCCUUGCUAAGUUUGUUGGCGAUCUACGGAACGUCCAAUCGCGCGCAGGGAGACUCCAACGUGGAUAACGACAUCGAACGCAAGCUCACCUUCGACGGAUACAAGCGUCGCUAUCUCGUGCACCUGCCCCCCAACUACGACGGCAAGACUCCGCUGCCGUUGGUGCUCGCCUUGCACGGCGGGGGCGGACGCGCCGAAUCGCAACGCACACAAAGCCAGAUGAACAAAACGGCCGACGAAAACGGCUUCAUCGUCGUCUAUCCCGACGGUACCGGUCGACUCCGCUUCCUCACCUGGAACGCCGGCGACUGCUGCGGGUACGCCGAGAAAAACAACGUCGACGACGUCGGCUUUAUCAACGCCCUACUCGAUCAACUCUCGCGCGAAUACAACAUCGACCAGAAACGCGUCUACGCCACCGGGCUGAGCAACGGCGGAAUGAUGAGCUACCGCCUGGCCUGCGAACUUUCGAAUCGCAUCGCGGCCAUCGCCCCCGUCUCGGCCGACUUAGGCGUCGACGGCCCUCGCCCCAAGCGGCAAGUGCCCAUCCUGCACAUUCACGGCCUCCAAGACCGCAACGUACUUUUCGACGGCGGCGUGGGCAGCAAUCAGUAUCAGCCCAACCCCCACCGUUCAAACGCCGAGACCCUAGGGUUUUUCCUCGACGCCUACGGCUACAGCAAACAGCCGCUCGAGGUCCAACAGGCCGAAGACUACAUUUUCGAGCGCUAUGGUCCACCCCCAGGGCAGCCGGGCGUGCCCAUCCUGCUGUACAAACUCCCCAAAGGUGGCCACAACUGGCCCGGCGGGGUCGACACCACCGGCGAGCGGUGGAACACCGGGCGAAUGAUCGAAUCCUUCCCCGCCAGCUCCGUAAUCUGGCAAUUCUUCAGCCAAUUCACGCUCGAUGGUCCGGCCCUACUUCAACUGCGGCAAACCGUAUUCAUGUCCGAACUUAUCCCUCGCCUGCGAUCACUCGGCAGCACGUCGGCCGCGAUGUUGACGUUGGCGAAGGGCCUGUUCGAAAGCGGUCGCCAUAGCGAAGCCCUCGAGCAGAUCGACCUGGUGCUGAAAGACAACCCCGAGUUGGCCGUGGCCUACUUCCUGAAAGGGUUGAUUCUGGCCCGGCUGGCCGACUUCAACGGUGCCGGGGAGUGCCUGGAAACGACCGUUCAGUACGAUCCCGAGUUCGUCGGGGCCUGGCUAGGGCUAGUCUACGUCCGCGUGGAGCUGGGACUGAUCGACGAAGCCCUGGAAGCCGCCAAGCGAGGGCUCAAGCUCGACCCUAAGAACGCCAACGGCCAUCUCCUGCACGGCAACGUUCUCACUCGCUUGGACCGGCCCGAGGAAGCAAUCGAAGCCUAUCGCCAGGCCGUGAAAUUCAACCCGCAACUCAUGAUGGCCCACUACCGCCUAGGCCACCUGCUCGACAAGCAAGGCCGCACCGAUGAGGCCAUCUCACAGUUGCUCGUCUCGCAGCGGCUCAACCCUCGCGACUCGAUGAGCCGCCUCACGCUGGGCGACAUCCUCCGCUCACUCGGAAAAAUCGACGAGGCACUCGACCAAUACAAGGUCGCUGCCGAGUUGGCCCCGUUGCAAGGCGAAGCUCACGUUCGCAUUGGCGAUACCUUCGCCGAGCUGGGCAAACGCCGUGAAGCGAUUGCGGCCUACCGCAUCGCCAUCCGUCGCGACGCCCGUCAGCUGCGGGCGUUUCUCUGUCUCAGCAAGAUGUACAUCGAAGAAGGAAGCCCUCGAGAACGCCACGAAAGCCUGUGA